UACUAGUGAAGAGGUUUUAUUCCACUGCUAAGCACGACCUUACUCUUGCUAAAACCCAUGACUCUUGAUUAGUGUAGUUACUAUUAUUUUAUCAUAAAUUUUCUCUGAAUGGAAUUUAUAUUCUACCUGAAUCCAUGUUUAAUGAUAAAUUAAACACACUUUUAUAGAAUCAGCUUUUGAUGAUAACAAUGAAGGUGGCAAGUAUUCUGGCAAGAAAAGCGAGUACGUUAUUUGUUAUCUUGGUGACGGUUGUAUUGCUGGGAAUAGUAUACUAUAGGUCCUCACCUAAUAUAAGACUACGGAACGAUGUAGAAUCUGAACAAUCUGAGCCUUCAUCAAAUGAAGGCUUUUGUAAAUAUUGCUACACUUCUGGAUUCGGGACGCCAAGGAAAGCACUGCCAAGAAAACAGUUGCGCCAAAGUGGAUGUGAACAACGGUUGCCAGAUGCGUUAAUAAUAGGCGUGAAGAAAUGUGGAACAGGAACCCUGACACACUUCAUCAGUUUUCAUCCACAGAUAGCACCAGUGCGUGAGACACUGCAUUACUUUGUUACUGAUUAUUUCAAAGGAUUAGAUUGGUAUAAAUCGCAAAUGCCAUAUGCUUUACGAAAUCAGACAGUGCUAGACAAAUCACCUGGUUAUAUAUCUCCACAAACCUGCGAUAAAAUCAGAAAGGAUUUACCUUCGGAUGUGCGUAUAAUUGCUAUAUUACGUGAUCCAGUCGCACGUGCUGUAUCCGACUUUGUUCACAUACAUGCUGUCCUAGAGAAUGCUAAAAAGAGCGGGUCUGGUGCCUAUGAAAAAGACGUCGCAAGCCUAGGGAAAGGUUAUGACCUCGUCAGCUCUCUUGAAGAUUCUCUAAUAGAUGCCAAUGGAAAUGUAAGAAUUGAAAAUGGUAUAAUAACAAAGGGAAUAUACGUAAACAAGUUACGGUACUGGUUUAAACAAUACCCAAGAGAUCAAAUACUUCUUAUUGAUGGAAAUGAUUUAAAUAAAAAUCCAUACAAAGUUAUGCAAACCAUGGAGAAAUUUCUUGGACUGCAAACAUAUUUUACCGAAAAACAUUUUUACUUCAACCCAGUAAAACGUUUCUAUUGUUUAGCUCGUCCAAUUAAUGAGUGUAUGGUUGAAAGUAAGGGUCGGUCACACCCUGUAUUGUCACAAAAUAUUACUAACAAAUUACAGGAUUUCUUCAAACCAUUUGAUAGGAAGCUUGAGGAGCUAACAGGCCAGAAGUUUUCAUGGGUGAGAAGAAAUUAAUUAGGAUUUAAUAUUUUUACAUUCGUCCAGACUACAACCAUAAUUGCUUAAUUAAGGAAAUUCAUCAUUUUUCUGAAUAGGUUGCUUGACUAGCUUGACACAAAUUUAUUUUAAUGUUCGUAAGUAUAUUUCACUUUUGAAAAAUAAAAACAUAAACAAAAUAUACUUGUAUCAGAGUUAAACACGUUUUCCGUAUAAUAAGACCUUCUGACAAAAGAGUGUUUGGUAGCCCUACCAAGUGGGAUAUGAGUCUGGACGGGAUUUUUGUUGUUAUUUAAAACGGCUUUGUCUGUCAAGGGCUAAAACAAUUCAUAAAGUCAAUUUCAUAUUUGAAUUGGUUAAUGUCUAUGUUUAUACCUCAACCAAGUCAGCCAAGUAUGAUAUGUAUUCACCACUGUCUGUUUGUUAGCAAGAUUACACAAUCAUAAACUUUAGUGAAGAUGUACACCAUAAUCUAAGAUUAAUUUUGAGAAGAAAAAGUCGAGGAGGUGUUGAAAAAUGUAUAACGACUUGUCCUGAAACAAUUGCUUUAGCCUAUUUUUCUAUGUCAUUGGUUUGACUAAUAUACGGAAUUACACCCCGCUCAAGUAAAUUUUGUAGAAAACGUGGGCUGGGAGAUUAUUUGGGAAAGUCUUUUGCACUUAAAAAAUGUAAUAAUUUAUAAGAUUUAAAAGCAUUAACUAGUAUUAAUUAAGUAUUAAUUUGACAUUAAUAUUUGAGCAAUGUUUUUUGAUAGUGGAGUUGAUUCUUCGAUGGUAAUUGUUGCGUUUUAGGGGAAUACAAGUUUGGGCGAUAGAUUUUUAUUCAGAUAAGUAUGUAUUAUUUUUUAUUAAUUAAUACAAUUUUAAAACAUUUUUUUUGAAAAAGUAAAUAAGCUUUCUUAAAACGUUAAGUACGAUUAAUCAGGGUAUGUAGAAGUCCGGGUUUAUAUCAGGGGCGGAUCCAGAGAUGUCCAAAGGGGGGGGGGGGGAAUUUGGGCCGAUCGAGACAACACUGAAAUAGGAGGUCCGGGGGCAUGCCCCCGCGAAAUUUCUGUGUUUUAGACGCCCAAAAAUAACAGUUGAGGCGUUCUGGGCUAUCGUUUUUUCUUUUUCUUUCUUUUUUUCUUUUUUUUACUUCUCAAAAGGUGGUGGGGGGGGGGACGGUAUGUUUUUAUGAUAAACUGAGACCAUUAUCAGACUAUUGCACUUCUUGGAGGGGAAAGUCCGGGAAAAUUGUCCGGAGUGGGUGGGGGAUAUGUCCAGUCCAGUGGGACCACCAGCCUGCUCCCGACCAUACUGUUAAAUAUUUAACAUAAUUUUUGCGCCCUCAUAAGUUGUUUUCUUGAUAUUUGUUUACGCCCUGUUGAGGUAGCCUCCUUUUUCUUGCGUGUGGGUUUUAAUUUAGUAGCAGGUUUCGCAUGGAACCAUGGAAGAAAAUAUUUUCUUCCUCCAUGAUCGAACGUAGUAUUUGAACGUUAUACGAGUUAAGUAAUAAUUGUAUCCAUAGACCUAAAUAGGCCCAUUUUAUAUCUAUAGGUUUGCUACGUUAUAUUUUGUGGAUCGCAAAUUUCACGAAUAUUGCGUAUGACGGUCAGCUAUUAAGUUCGUUUAGGGGGAUAUGUCCAACUGGACAACCAGCCUGCUCCCGACCAUAUUGUUAAAGAUUUAACAUAAUUGUAAGUUAUUGUUUUCUUGAUAUUUUUGUUUUCAUGAUUAUGGCGUCUGACGGUAGAUAAGUUUGGCUUUUUAGGGCAAAGUUUUAAACACUGUCCCGACUAUCAAAUUUUAUUUGACAGAAACAUGUGACAUGCAAAUAUGGCCAUGAUGACGUCACGUCAUGACUAUAAAUAGGCCUACGGUAUAUAGGCAUAUCAUGACUACAUAUUAUGGGCAUACGAAUGUUUUGUUUUUUUUUUGUAAAGGAAAAUUUGAUAGUGUAGACAAAGCAGAUUUAAAGCCAGGUCAGGUGUAGGACUAGAACAAGCUCGGCCAGUAUGGAACACAGUUUCGUAUGUUUUCAGUCAAUUCGAUUCAUUGAAUGACAAAUAAAUAUCCUGAUAAUUAUAGUAUUAUCUAUUAUUUAUUCAUUUAGGCACACAAUACAUGCACCAAGGAUUGUCAAUAGCGAAUAUAUCACUGUCCUACGUGUAGGUGACAAUUCCUUUUCACAAGAAAAACAUACACACACGAUGCUUUACAAUAUAUGAGGUUUAGGGAGUGGAGUUGUUUCAGUCGUAAGAAAAAAUCCUGUUACCGUGACAGGAUUUGAAUCUUGAGUACCAUAUUAUUGAUGCUUAAUGCUGUUGUAUUUAAGUUAGUUUCAACCGUAGAUGUAAAUAAGUUUUUAUCUUUCCAAAAUUAUUCUUCCUUAUGUAGAUCUCCCUUAUUUCAAUUGUUUGACGAUUCCUACAUUGGAAUUUUAAAGGUAUUUCUGCUAUAAUUUUUAUGUUUAAUUCUAAGAUUAUUUACAUGAUAUAUAAGAUUGCUUGUAUCUUAUUUUGACAUAGUUUCUAAGAUUUUAACCAUGUGAUUGCUAAAAUUGAUGAUAAUAUAAAUAACUUUAUUUAAAAACUA